GCCUGCGGAUGCCAGUGUGCCUGUGCGGCGCAGCGAUAUCCUGGCACAUCUGCGCAGUGCCUGAGCAUCAUUCGCCAGUGCAAGUCCUCGAAGCGGCCGGAAAUGGCCAAGGCAGAGAAGGGCAGAAGUAUGGGCAUCAGCCAGGCCUUGCGAGACCUACACUACCCAGAGACCCGCUGCCUGUCCGUGGGCCAAGUGGACGUGGCACCGGCCAAGGAUACCGGGAAGCGGGCCCUCCUGGCACAGGCUCUGAGCGCGGCUACUGCACAGGAGAUGAUGGCCUUAAGCAGGGCGUGGCAGUUGAAGUCGGAAUCUGCAGAGAGUGAUCGGCGCCUAGAAGAGGGCGUGGCAAAGGCGCUGAAGCACAUCUGUCGGCGGGCCGAGAGGAGCUGCGUCCUCAAAGCUCUUCGGCAGCCGAUUGCCAGCGCCACAGAGAUUACGGGAGUUCUCUCCGAUGAGGAACUCGCUCUGGAAGCUCGCUGUACACAGCUGGAGUCAGAGCUGGAAGCCUCAAGCGACCGCCUGCAAUUCUUGGACACCGUUGAGGCCAAGGUGGACAUGCUGGUGUCCGAAUGGCAGCCGCACUCGCUGAAGGACCUGCUGCACAAUCUUUCGGAGGAGGUGGCAAGCGUCUCUGCGAUCCAGGAAGAAGGAACUGACCUCGGCGAAGGCUGA